AUGGGCACUGGGGUGGACGCGGAGAGCAAACGUAAACCACUUGCUCAACAAGACUGGCUCAUUUCACUCGAUCAGUGCAGUCUAUCCUGGGCCUAUGGCAUGGCCGUGCUCUCUCUCUUAGGGUGUAUAGUUCCGUUCGUGAUUCUGUGUUGGUGCGUUUAUCCCAAGCGGGUUGCUGGUGGUCUUCUGUCCGUAUCUGCGUGGGAUUGGCCCACCAGAAACGAUUUGAUUUGUCGAUAUCACGUGAACGAUUUGCGUGCUGUGUCUUACUCGCAAUCACUGCGUUCUCGAUCCACCGGUUCUGGUUCCGGUGGCUACGUCCAACCAUACGCACAAUCUAGUCUUAGCGGUCAAAUAAUACCCGGCGUCUCACCACUCACAAGGGACACAAUUGCCUCAACCAAACCGUUGCAGGAGCCCACGGUAGUGAGAGCGGUUCCCCUGACUUCGGCACUUCCGCGCACACGUCGCUCUCAAUCCAGUUCCGGGUCGAGCAAAAGUAAACUUCUGUCUUACGAACCGUAUUCGGCACCCAUGAAACCGCUUAUCCGGAGUCCAAUGAACGCCACCAGUGAACAAUCAUCCAUUAGCACGCAACAAUCAAGCACAAGAACCCAACAUUUGAGUAGUCUUUCCACAUCUGGUAUUCCAGCACAGGAGGAUCGAAAAGAUUUGUUCGAUUUCGACUCUCCAGCGCAACUCAGUGCGGCGACUCUAACUCUGGAGGGUCGAAAUCGAACAAAUCUUGUUUCUGGUCGACCGUCGAAACCCCGAUCUACUGGCAGUGUGGCCGACACGUCAAUCUGGACGAAUAAUUCAGUAAGCUGCAUCCGUAAUCCUCUGUUCGGGUGA